AUGGGCAAUGAAUCAUCAACCCCAGUGGAUGAGGCUGUGCUUCCAGCAACAUUACGUGCUCGAAAUAUAGAAGCCGUUGCCAAAUAUAUUGAAGAGAGGGACAUAAAGAAUAUCGUGGUCAUGACCGGUGCAGGCAUUAGCACCUCUGCAGGUAUUCCCGACUUCCGAUCUCCAGAAACAGGCUUGUAUGCCAACCUAGCCCGCUUGAAUCUGCCAUAUGCGGAGGCUGUCUUUGACAUAUCAUAUUUCCGAACAAAUCCUCUGCCCUUUUAUGCUCUCGCCCAUGAAUUAUUUCCCGGGAAAUACCGUCCGACAGUGACACAUUCAUUUAUUAGUCUCCUUCACAAGAAAGGAAGGCUACUUCAGCUCUUCACACAAAACAUAGAUUGCUUAGAACGAGAAGCGGGCGUACCAGGAGACAAGAUAGUCGAAGCGCAUGGUUCGUUCGCAACGCAGCGAUGCAUUGACUGCCAUACCGAGUACCCAGACGACAAGAUGAAGGAAAUGGUGAUGAAGAAGGAGGUUCCGCACUGUGGUAGGAAGACUUGCAACGGUUUGGUCAAACCUGAUAUUGUAUUCUUUGGCGAGGCUCUUCCAGAAGCAUUUCAUCGAAAGCGAGGCUUACCAGCCCGCGCGGACCUCGCCAUUGUGAUGGGCACAAGCUUGACUGUCCAACCAUUCGCUAGCUUGCCGUCUUUUGUCAGAGAGGAAACGCCUCGAGUACUCAUCAACCUAGAGAGGGUUGGGAGUUUUGGUUCACGACCGGAUGAUGUACUGCUGCUAGGCGACUGUGACGAAGGAGUCCGCAAGUUUGCUGAUGCUCUAGGCUGGCGAGAGGAGUUGGAACAACUCUGGGAGUCCACCGACCCGAACAAGGAUGAAAAGAAGAAGCAACCGACACCUCCAAAAACUCGACAAGAGAAAUUGGAUGAGGAGGUUGAGAAGUUGGCCAAGGACAUUGAUGCUUCACUGAAGUUAUCAAAUGAGGCUAAUGAAAGAAUCAGAAGUGAAUUGGAGAAAAACAACAGUGCCCAAAUCACUUCAGAUUCACAGUCUCCUUCUGAAUCACUCACUACAGACAAAGGCACUACAAAGGCAGGCACUAGUCUCGUACACGUUUUCCCUCACUUGAAAGAAGAACGGCACGACAAACCCUCACUUUAA